UCUUGUUUUGCAUGCUUCUCUCUCUCUCUCUCUCUCUCUCUCUCUCUCUCUCUCUCUCUCUCUCUCUCGUGGGUGGAUUGCUAUUAGUGAUGCAGAAGGUAGAAGCGAAGCGAUGGCUAUGCAGGCGGAAGGACCAUCAUAUAUAGAGGGGAGAAGGAAUGGACGAGCUGCCCUGCAACAAGCAAGCCCACAAACACUGAUUACACCUGACUGACAGCCUCUAAUGCUUUUGGUUUCCAAAUCAUGAGGAAACAGUCGAGCACUGCCUUCUCUACUGACCUCGUUUAAACAGCCUGAGCAUGUCACCUUUAUGCCAGCCUCUCUGCCCUAGGUGUUCACCACCUGACUCAUGCCAUGUUGCUGGAUGGGGCAGGUUUUGACCCUUCCCUCCACUAUGAAAUCCUCCAAAGGACAGCAAUCCUUAUAAGUACUAGUGGCUAACUUUCUUGCUUAUAGGUGCAUGUUAUGAUUUAUAUAAAUUUUCUUGCCUAUGAAACAGCAACAUUUCUUACCUGUCUCACUGAACAGAUCCUUUCAUUAUGAGUAUUUUCAACUCAUAUAUAUGCAUUGGAAAUUUAUUAUAAUGCCUCUAGCAAUUUUCAAAAUCUUAUCUGAACUGCACCCAGACUACUGCCUGGAGUGCUGCAUUACCCUGCUUGACAUUAAAUUGUCAACUGUCCACUGAGUGAUAUAUGUUCAUAUGUGUGUGUCACACUGUGGUGAGUGAUCUCAGUGUGCUGUUGUGAAAUACAUCACGCUAGUUGGUUUCUUUGAAUAAAGAUAAUGCCACGGGCCAAUAAAAAAAUUAUUGAUUCAUUCAGCUAAUCAUAGCACUAUAUUUUAUAAGAGGAGCAAGACAUGGCCUAAAUUUGAAUCAGUCUGAGGAAGAUGUCUGUGUGCAAUGGAUGUUCUACUCAUUAUAUUGCCCAAUUUCAUGAAAAUACUCAAGAUUUCCUGGCUUUUUUUUAGGUGAACAGAGUUCUGCUGUGAGUGUGAGGUGCUAUGGCAACUAUAGCUUGUGAGAAGAAGGCCAGAAAGAGAAGGUGUGGAUGAAUGAAAUGCUGCUCCAUCAGGACAGUAGCCCAAACAACACCUGCUGAACUUCCUGCCAGACAUACUUGGGAGAGUGAAUUGGACAACCAUCUAGAACAUCCUUCAACUGGAGAAGAAGAAGGCUUUCUACCAGAUGACUGGUCAACUUAAGAGAAUCUGUUGGUUGACAACUUGCUACUAGCACCUUGGAGGUGCUGAGGUCCUAUUGAAACCUCAACAAGUCUCCCUGAUCACUGACCAGCCAGACUCCAGUCCAAACAUCACAUCAACUAUCCUCAAAUUUGAUGAACAGUUGCAUGACAUCUGGAGUAAUCUUCAGCCCUUCCUCCUUAACUACCUGACAGAAUCAGUCCCCAGAUCCACAAAAGACUUUGCAGAGUUUACCACAAAUCAACAAGAUCACCAACAUGAGAAAGAGUGCAUCACCUGAGAAAUUCAAAUAUGAAGCUGCAGCAUUCCUAACUGGCAUUGCUGGAGUCUCAGUGUUGGGAGGAUUUGGCAUGACUCUUGGCAUGGCCAAAAAGAAGGAUCCUAACAUGUUCAACAAAGGCAUGAUGGGAACCCGGGAGUUACGUGAGGCAGGAGGGGCCUUGGCUCUCAGGGCUCUUGGCUGGGGCUCCCUCUAUGCUGUUGCUGGUUUUUCAGUUUUUUGCUUCUCAGUCUGGAAACUCUCAGGUGCUAAAGAUUUAAAUGACUUCAGAAUGAAGGCAGGAAGUGUUUUGCCCAAGAUACCAAAGAAUGAUCCUCCUCAGUCCAGGACAGAGUUUGAGGGAUUGACGGACUUUCUUCAGUAUAUCAUUUCAGAGGAUGAGAGGAAGAAGGAAGCAAGAAAAGCAUCUCAUGAUUCUACUAGGGGACAAUAGCCAUACUAUAUGAAGAACUGCAAAGAUGUGUCUUUUAUGGGAGGUGAAAGGCAGUAUAGUAUUUAUUCAGUUACUGGUUUAAUUUUUCAGAGGAGAAAUUCCAUGGAGGGAAUGCAGUGUCAGUGAGAAGUAAAGUGUGUGUGUGUGUGUGUGUGUGUGUGUGUGUGUGUGUGUGUGUGUGUGUGUGUGUGUGUGUGUGUGUGUGUGUGUGUAAAUAAGGAAAUAAAUAAUUUAAUG